UUUCCCUCAUAACUGAGGAAAAUUUAAUGAAGGCAAACCACAGCUCCUGUGUCAUCCUUUUGUUCUCCACUUUUCAGCACAUGUUAUUACAUCGAGGCGCUCCGCAGAUGCCACUGAUUGUAGUGGCAAAUCAACAGAGGACCUUCCCUCAUCACCCACGUUGAGCUCCUCAGAGCUCGAAGCAGAAACAGACAUACCCACUUCUGCGUCGGGAGAAAUCACAGCGCGAUCUCCCAGAGCUGAAAUGCGGACAUUGGAGUCAGGAGAGCAGACAAGGUAAAAAAGGAGGAGGAGGUUUGCAGUAAAAGAAGACAAAUUGUAAUUCAGUUAGACAGAGACUGCAGAACACAUCAGUGAUGGAGAGGUUUCUGUUCAUACUUCUCUUCACAGGACUCGUGCCUGUCGUCCUGCCUGUCUCUCGUCAGUACUUUUUGAUCCAGCAGGGGAAAACAUGGAGUGAUGCUCAGGCUUACUGUCGAGAUAAAUACAUUGAUCUGGCUAUCAUCAAAACUAGUGAUGUCUUGGUUCAACUGUUGAAUGAAGCACAGAAACAACAAUUCAGUUCCAGUGCUUGGAUUGGACUGUACAAUGACAUUAAUGGCUGGAAAUGGUCUCUUGGAAAUGAGCCACUGGGGAGCAUGACACUGUGGAGAGAUGAACAGCCUGACAACUGGCUGGGAGAUGAAGCUUGUGGUUCGGUGUUCUAUAGUGAUUGGAGUGAUAUAUCAUGUACUUCCACAUGCCCCUUUGUGUGCUUUGAUGACACUAAAACUGGCAAUGAGAGGUACAUUUACAUCUCUGACAGUAUGACAUGGUCUGAAGCUCAAGCUUACUGCAGAAUAAACUAUACAGAUCUGGUCAGUGCUAGAGAUGCAACAGAAAGCUCAGUUAUAGCAGGAAUGAUCCCUGGCUUGACUUGGAUUGGUCUGUUCAGAGACAAAUGGAAGUGGACAGACCAAACCAGCUUCUCUACCAUCAGCUGGAUGUCUGGAGAACCUGAUAAUGUUCUGGGGAAUGAAGACUGUGGUUAUUUAAACAACACUCGGGCUGCUGAUGCACAGUGCUCAGACAUCAUGCCUUUCUUCUGUUACUCAGAAAUCACUGGAAAACUACAAAUCAUCAGAGUGAAGGUCCGGUCCAGUCAGGAUGUGAAGGAUCCUGCAGUAAAGGAGGCCAUAUUGGAGCAGAUCAAUCAGAAACUGAAGGAUCAUGGGAUGGCAAAGAACAUCACCAUGAAAUGGAGAGAGCAACCAGAUGGAAAUGUGUUUCACAAGGAGAAAGAAAAUAACAGUACAGGAUAAAAAGAACUCCAAGUCUGUUUCUGUGUCUUAAAUCUGUGAAAUAUGUUAGUGUAAGUUAAAUGAUCAUUCUAGGCAGGGGUGGAAAACAUUCUGAGAAGUUAAUCGUAAAUGAAAGUGUAGAUAAUGUGAAUCCUCUGUAAGUGUACUGCUCAUACACUUCACCAAUGCUACAACGUUUACUACUGAAUUAAUCAGAAGUAAAUUAUCUUGCAAACAACUAAUAUUUUCUAUGUGUAGAAUGAGAAGUUCAGAUGCAGAAAACAACUGGUAUGAUUCUAGAGAAUUUUUUUCUACACUAACAGAUUUCAUUGAAUGCUAAACUGAAAUCAUUGGAUACAAAUAUUUCUUGAAAAAUCUAUUUAAUAACAGCUAGUUAAAGGGUGAUUUUAGUUUAUUUGUAAGGUAUGUUUGCAUUUAUCAUUGAACUGUCUACACUGUCACUUUCCCCCAGAUGUAGUCAAUCAGCUGAGCUGUUUUGGGGUCUUUACUUCUUUAGUUUUUCAGAUAAGAUACUAACUUUGCAAAUGUGUAAUUAAAGUCUACCAUAUCCAAAAUAUUUUGUAUAAAAAUACACUGAAAUCUUUAUAUACCCACUUCAGGUAAAAAUUUCUAAGAUACGCAAUUUUGAAUUACUCGUAAAUACAUUUUUUUGUAUUUAACCAUAUAAGGAAUACUUAAACAUUAAACAAUCUUUCCACAGAAAAUAUUAAAAUCAUUUUCUCCAUAAUAACAACCUCUAAUACUGAUAAACAAGCAAUGGCUAUAAAAUAUAGAGAGAUAGAUACUUUGGGCUGUUUCAUCAAUAUUUAUUUAAUUCUGGCCAAAUGAUGAGGCAGCGGCUGUAUUUAGCCCACAGGGGUUCUGGGAAAAUCUUUCCAUUUCUCACAUAAGUUUGAGGAAAAACACGGAAAUUAAACUUCUCAGAAUCAGAAAGAAAAUCUAUUAGAGAGGUAAACCUAAGCAUUUUUUACAAGGCAUAAAGGUCUGAGUCCGAGUUUAAUAAAAGUUGUUUUGGGCUGGGAGGAUAAAGUUUUUCCUUACAGCUGUUGAUUCUGGUUUGCUUAUUAGGGCUAUAUUUUUACAUUUUAAAUUUACACUAUAUGUGGAUUUAUGUAAAGCUGCUUUGUAAAUUACAUUUUAUUUAUAUAUUGCAGCAAAACAGCUUUACAGAGCAUCAAUGGGAUGUUUAUGAAUGCCAAAUUUCUUUUGUAAAUUCUUGUAUGCUUGUAUUUAUGCAGAGGUGCUACGGUUCCAUCACCUCCCGAAUUAAA